AUGGCCCCCUCAGGAGAACCACCCUACCUCGCCAUCGCCGCCCGCAAACAAGCGGAGCAAAAAUCUCGGAUCCCAAAAGAAUGGCUCUUGGACCAGAAAUUCGUCGACCCGCCUCAGAAGAACGUCCUUCACAUCCCCCGUGCCUCUGGCAUCCUCACGGACAAGGAGUUACAUAUCACAGAGUCCUACUCCGCCGUCGCCCUCACAUCCGCGAUCGCUAAGAACGAACUCACAGCGCUGGCCGUGACGACGGCAUUCUGCAAACGCGCAGCGAUUGCGCAGCAAUUAACGAAUUGUCUGACGGAAAUCAUGUUUGAGGAUGCGAUUGCAAGAGCCAAGUGGUUGGAUUCCGAAUUCCAGAAAACGGGAAAAGUCGUAGGCCCUCUCCACGGCCUCCCGAUCUCUCUGAAGGACAGUUUCAAAGUCAAAGGCUAUGAUGCGAGUAUAGGCAUCGCCAGCCUCGCAUUCAACCCGGCGACGCAGAACUCGGUUCUCGUGGACAUCCUGCUGGAUCUCGGCGCCGUGGUGUAUGUGAAGACUAAUAUCCCGCAGACGCUCAUGGCGUUGGACUCGCAUAACCAUCUCUUCGGGCGCACGCUCAAUCCUCGGAAUCGGGACGUGACGGCGGGAGGGUCGAGUGGUGGCGAGGGCGCGCUGAUUGCGAUGAAGGGGAGUAUACUUGGGGUGGGAACGGAUGUAGGGGGCAGUAUCAGGAUUCCGGCCAUGUGUAAUGGACUUGUGGGUGUCAAGCCGAGCGUGGGACGCGUGCCGUUUAUGGGACAAGAAGGAGGAGGACGCCCGGGGAUGGGCGGGUUGGGGAUGCAGGCUUGUGCUGGGCCGUUGGGGAGGGAUGUAAGUGAUUGUGAGUUCUUCUUGCGAACUCUCGCAGAUGCGAAACCAUGGGAACAAGACCCCGCCGUCGUCUUCGGCGCCUUCGACUCCCAAGGCUCGAUGAGCAGAAAACCAAUCAUAGGCGUCCUCCGCAGCGACGGCAUCGUCCGUCCUCUCCCCCCCAUCGCCAAAGUCCUAGACGAAACCAGCCACGCCCUCCGCACCGCCGGCGUCGAGGUCGUCGAGAUCCCAAACGAUGUAUUCAAGAAGUGCAACUCCCUCGCUAACAAGUUCUUCGGCAUCGACGGUGCGAAUUUCGUGCUGGAUCUGCUUGAGAAGACGGGAGAGCCGUUGAGUCCGUGGCUUCAAAACAAGGUGGCGAGGAAAGAGCAGGUCGAGGUUAAUACCCUGGCGAGCCUGCGGGCUGAGAGGGAGGAGCUGGAGAGGGAGAUGUUGGGCGUUUGGAGGACGGGGGAUGGGAGGGUGGUUGAUGUUGUUGUGUGUCCGGUUGCGGGACAUCCGACGCCUGGAGUCGAUGGAUGGAAUGGCGUGGGGUAUACGAGUAGUUGGGUGUUGCUUGAUUGUGCGGCUGGCACUAUACCCGUGCGAGACUUCUCGCAUUCUGAUCCCUCUCUCGAAUUCAAGGAAUCAGAAACUGUGCUGGGGAAUAGUUGGGAUGAGGUUAAUCGGGGGAUGUGGAACGGAGGCAAAGUGGAUAGACAGAUGUAUCUAGAUACGACGCUUUGCGUCCAAGUCGUUGCGCCGAGAUUGCAGGAGAAGAGGCUGGUGGAGGGGAUGAAGCUUGUGGAGGAUGCUGUUGCGAGGGGGAAGGAGGGUGGAAAGAGGGAGAUGAAGUUGUGA